AUGAUCCUAGCUGAUCUGUUCUCGAUGAUUCUCCGCCUUGCGGAGUUGGCCUUCGCAGCCAUCGUCGCUGGCCUCACCGGCAAGUACCUGCACGAUGCCAAGGGUGCCUCUUCCUGGCAACUGGGUCGCUUCAUCUACACCGAGGUCGUCGCCGGCCUGUCCAUCUUCCUGUCCAUCAUCUGGCUGUUCCCCUUCAGCGGCAGCUUCAUUCACUGGCCAGCUGACUUCAUCAUCUCUAUCUGCUGGUUCGUCGCCUUCGGCCUCAUCGUCGACUGGCUCGGCGACGCCUGCGGUUCCACCUUCAACUGGAGCAAUGUCGGUUUCGGCCACAACGACUGCUCGACCUGGAAGGCUGAUGAGGCCUUUGCCUUCCUCAGCGCCAUCCUGUGGCUCGUCUCCGCGCUCCUCGGCAUCUACUGGGUCCGCCGCCACAGGACCACUGCUGCCCCGGCUCGCACUACUCACCGCCGCCGCUGGUACCGAUCUCGCGUCUAA